AUGAGCGACACGUUUAAAGAUAUCCCUGAGUUUUUCGAGACGGAAAGGGAUGAAGCUCUCAACGCCAGGACUGAACUGCUCUCCUCGUUCCGUGAGUUGGGUCCCCCCGACUUGUGUCAUGUGGUGAAGAGCACGGGCAGAGGGCACCCACCAGACGUCUCUUCGUAUCAUUAUGUUUCUGGUGUUGAUGCAUCAUCAUCGGCCUCCCUUGCGGCCUAUUUAAACUCUCUGACAUACGCUAUGGAGGAGCAAUCCGUGUGGUUCUCGAAGAGUUCAAUGUGGAAAGUUCGUGGUGGCACUUACUGCUGUUUCAAUGCUUUCUCUAGAAUGGAUGUGCGAGUCGAUGUCAAGAUACCAGGAGGGGUUCAAGCUUAUGCAGUUGACACUCGUGGCGAGCGGCGUGAAACCACUCCUGCGAUAUGGUUAGAAACAUACGUCUCCGCAUUGUUGCGAGCCAUUCUUCAUUCAGAUGAUCCCAACUAUGCACUCCAGGGGUACCGCAAACUGGAGCCUAUCACAUCCACAGAAGGAGAGCUUCGUUUUCUUUCGGCAGCAGGAACACUGUUUCAUAAAGGCUGGCAGCUGGGCUCAGAUCCAGAAAUUCAGGUUGCCAGUGUGGUGUCGAACCAUCUCACUUCUGGUGUGAUGAAAUACUUUGGGGAAUCCGGCCGUUACGACCAAGCAGCCAAUCUCUUCGAAAAGCUAUACAACAGAGACCCGGACGUAGCAAGUCUCCUUGCACAGAGCUACAUCGGAAUGAAUGCCGAGGUGAAGGCGGUUCAGAUAAUGGCUCAAGCUCUCAAGGAGAACCCGCAGUCUUAUACGGUUCUUCAUGCACAAGCUGACUUCCUUCGCUCAAAAGGCAAGAUUGAUUGGGCAACAAAAAUCGCAAAGCAGGCAGUGAAUUGUGCACCAAGCGAGUUCCUCACUUGGGCCCAACUAAGUGAACUGUAUAUUGAACUUGGGAAAUAUGAAAAUGCCCUGUUAACUUUGAAUUCAUGUCCCAUGUUUACUUACAACGAGCGCGACCUCCACCGUAUGCCUACUCCCGCAAAAACGCACCUUCCCAUCAAGCAGGUCAUCAUUGACUCUCGAAUACUAGAUGAUGUUAAUCCAGGUGAAAGCGAUGCUGAUCCAGCACUACUGCGUCUUCCCGGACCUGGUCUACGUGGUACCUUCGCAAAAGCGUACGCAUUGCUUGCAAAGCUUGUUCACCAGAUUGGAUGGGAUGAGCUCCUUAAGACCCGGUCGGCGGUCUUCGUCAUGGAAGAAGAGUAUCGUAUGCAGAAACUGCAGAGCGAGACUCGGAAUGGCACACAAGACAUCCAACCUACCAAUGGAGUCAUAUACGAGGACGGUACGGUUCGUGAUGAUGCCUCGACGAGGGCCAUAAGGGAGCGGAAUUCUUUGUCCCCAGGGCCUGCUAUCCCAAGCAUCAAAAUUUCCAGUGAAUCCGAUCGAACGGAUACUCUCGAGUCAACAAACGAAAUCGAGAAUGCCGAGACCUCUACAAUUGCCACUACCGAAACCACCGCAUCCAACUCUGUUGAACGUCCACCUCAAGCUGCUGCUAGCGACGACAAGGAACAUGAAAACCAAACGACGCAGGCCGUCUCUCACCCAGACUUCUCUUUCAGUAAUAAACGGCUUUGCGAGCGCUGGUUGGAUAACCUGUUUAUGGUCCUUUAUGAGGAUCUUCGAGUGUGGACAAUAUAUCGUGCCGAGGCUGCCCAUUUCAAAUCUCAACAUGUCAUAUACAGGAAAACUGGAACCGAAUGGGAAAUCCUUGGUGACCUCGGGUCACGUCUCCACCAUAAGGAGGAGGCGAAGGAGGCGUAUCAGCGGAGUUUAGACCUCAGGUUCUCCAGUAAAGCUUGGACCAAACUACUUGAGAUGUACGUGGAGGAAGGCGAUUUGGGGAAAUCGUUGAAUGCUGCUAUUCGUUUGGGUGUGCAUCAACACAGAUGGUAUGCAGAGAGUGCGUAUCCGUCGACUGUGGCCCGCCUGCUGUUCAAACUCGGGCAAACACACGGGUUCGCGAAGAUUGACAACACCUUAACGAGCAUGGGGCUGCCGCCGCCUAUUUUGGCCAUGGUCAAGAACUAUCUGUACUAUGGGAAAACUUUCAAAGUGGAGGGUCACGACUUCUAA